AUGAAUAAAGCAACCGAACAAAGUAGUGUCUUUGGGGACGGUAGAUACAAAGCCAGUAGCGUUGUGGAUAACUGUACAGACUUCAGUACUUAUUGUUGUACACAUACGAAUGACGGUCAAAACACGGCCUGGUGGCGUGUUGAUCUGGGAGAGUUGAUGACCAUUACUAGGAUAAAAAUUUACUACAGAGAUAAUUUUCAGCACAGAUUGGCAGGAUACCAGCUUUAUGUAUCCAAUAGCACCAGCACGCCAACAGGCGGUGUUCUUUGUUACGAGGACACUAGUAGUACUAGAAAUGCUGUACAGCUGGUGGUGACACACCAGUGCCCGUAUGUAGGUCGGUAUGUGACUGUGUACAACCAUAGAAACAACCCAAAACGAUACAGCUGGUACAGUGAUGACGCUAUUCUGAUGUUGUGUGAGGUACAGGUGUUUGGAUGUCAAGCAGGGAAAUACGGUGACGGACACUGUAACUAUCUGUGUCCACCAGCGUGUUAUGGCGGUAACUGUAACUCCACAACAGCUGCCUGUUUCUAUUGCUUUGCAGGAAAAUAUGACAUCUACUGUAACUCGGAUUGUCCCUCGAAUUGUAAAAACAGUCUUUGCACGAAGGACGCUGGAUCCUGUUUAGAGUGCAUUCCUGGAAAGUACGGAAACUCAUGUGAUCAGGUCUGUCCUGUAAAUUGCAAGGAUAUGUUGUGUGAAAAAUCCACGGGAAACUGUAUUGAGUGCAUUCCUGGAAAGUACGGAAACUCAUGUGAUCAGGUCUGUCCUGUAAAUUGCAAGGAUAUGUUGUGUGAAAAAUCCACGGGAAACUGUAUUGACUGUUUUCCUGGAAAGUACGGUCCUAUUUGUGAAAAGAACUGUCCAGAAAAUUGUAAGGACAUGCUGUGUGAACGGGACACAGGAUCCUGUAAAGAAUGCAAACCAGGAUUUUUCGGAGCUAAUUGUUCAAAACAAUGUCAUUGCAAGGAUGCUGGCUGUAACUAUAUGACAGGAAACUGCUCGCCAUCAGGAUGUUUGCCGGGCUGGAGAGGAAAUACAUGUAGCGAGAGUUGUGGUACAGGUAGUUAUGGUGAAACAUGUUCCCUGGCUUGUCCCGUGACGUGUAAAGAAUUCGUGUGUCAUCAUGAAACCGGUCAUUGCUUAGAUUGCUAUCCUGGAAAGUACGGAGUGGUGUGUGGGGCUGAUUGUCCGGAAACAUGUACGGACAAUAUCUGUAGUAAGGCCGAUGGACAGUGUCUAACCACUGCCGAUUCUAAAAUGACUAUAAUAGCUGUCUUAGCUGUUAUUUGUGGUCUGCUUGUAGCUGUAGUGAUCGCCUCAGCAAUGGUGAUAUACCAUCUUCGAAAAGGACGAAACAGAAUAACGUCGACAGAUAAGGAACCAGAACAAUCAGUGCCGGACAAUUGAUACACAUAUAUUACUCAUCGUCCAGAGGAGACUCCUUACGUCUAUGAAAUGGUGGUUACCUAAUACGCCAGAUAUUUAAUAUCGCUAGUGUACAGCUGAUCAAUUGUUAAUAACAGAAAGAAAUACAAACCUUACAAUUGCAUUUAAACAAAAGAUAACCGAAGGCACUUUAAUCAUUUCAAUACACUCCAUAUUGAAAGGCAUGAUAUGGGUUCACAAAAUUUGAUAGACAUGUUAAUUGAUUAACAUCUGUUCCGAUUCACUUGUGUUUAUCAUAUUAUUGUGAACUAGAUAUAAAUAUAGUGUUCGGCCUUAAAAAAAGCGAAGCUAAUAGAAGCAUGGAAAUUGUAUUAUAAAAAAAGUUUUUUAUUCUGAUUGUUUUCCAUGAGAAUAUAAUUACGCCUUCACUGAUAUAAAACAUUUAAUGUGUCUAUUAUUGAUUUCUUGUAUUUCUACGCGUGCAUUGGGAGGGAGUUGGGAGGGGUUGUGGGUGUGUUAGUUCAUAUUGGCUCUGUAUGAAUUGCUCAGAUGUAGAUUUUUUAAACAGGAAGAGAGUGUUAAAAUUGAAAUUAUAUUUUACGCACAUUACGUUAGAAAGUUGAUGAUCAACUUUCGAUAUUGUAUUUUGUCUGUUUUAUAGUGUCAUUACAAUCAAUAUCAAUGUAUAGCGGUUCAUGCGUGACUUUGUAUUUUUGUGUGGGCAAGAGUGUUUUCAAGUUUUGGUUUGAUGUAUGUAAGCGAUUGUAUUGCGAUUAGAUAUAGUGUGUAUACAUGCUGUACUAUUUUACAACUAGCGUGAUUAUGUCAAACCGUUUGUCUUAAUUUAGGUAAUAUAUUAUUUACCUGAGGAAAACAGAUGGCGUUUGCUUUUUUGUCUGUUUUAUAAUGUUAUUACAAUCAAUAUCCAAUCGUAACUAUUCAAGCGUGACUUUUCAAUUUUUGUGUGCGAGAUGUUUACAAGAUUUUUUCUCAUGUAUGUAAGCAUGUUCAUUCCCGUUUGUCUGAAUUUAGAUAAUGUAAUAUUAUUCUUGCAUAUUGAUGAUUAGAUGAUUAGAGCCACCGACAGUGGCCGGGUGAAAUGUUUUCUCUCAUCCUCAUAUUGUAUCUAUAUGUUAUAUUUCUAUGUUUAUAUGUACACAGUAGAAUAUUUACACUGAUGUAUCGACACAUACGGCCUUUAGCAUCAUUUACGAGUCCUACGAAACAGCUGUAUGAUGCUUUUAAUAAAUUGAUGACUCUACGUGGUCUAACUCUAUAUUUGUAUGAUAGAAAUGUAGGUGCUACAAUUUUGUUCAUAUUGUGUACCUGUUUUUGUUAUUGAUGCAAAGGUUUCAGACUUGGACAUAUACAUAUAUUCUUGUAGACUGAACUUUUAAUAUAUUGUUGCUUACUUAACACUUAUUGAAUGCCUCUUAUGCCAGAAGUUGAAAAUAAAUGUGGUUGUAAUUCAAUAAAGGAUCCUUAUCGUUUUCGUCACAUAUAUCAUAACAGGCAAACCUCGCGAAAAUGGACUGAAUCAUCAACACGUUUAAUAGUUUGCUUUGCGUGAUUGUGAAACUUCUUUUUAAUAUAAAUAUUUUAUUUCCUCUUCAGCCUCUCUACUUACCCAAUGUAACAUAAUGUAUAUCAUAAAUGUUUGAUGAACGAUGUUCUGUAUGAUAUUUUUGUUUGUUUGAUUAAGACAAAGAUCAUAAUUUUUCA